AUGCAUCAGAGCUGUGGUACUAUUCUUAAUGUCUUUUCAAAAUACACCCCUGCUGGUUAUAACCCUGGUUCAACUGCCAAUUCCACCUCUAAUGAAGACCUUAGUAGGCCCCACUCCCAGUUUAAGGAAACUAAUGUUUACAUCACUGGCCAACAGAAGAACUCGGAGUUUUGUAAUCAAUUUUAUCGGUCUUAUUUUUUGCUGAUUGUGCAAGAAAUAUUUGAUGUGAUGACCGACAGUUUCCAUAAACUGGGAUUUAAGCUGCAUGUGUUGUUGUUGCAGCACUUAUUCUGCCUGGUGGAAUCUAGGUCAUUGACUGAGCCUUUGUGGGACACGUCAACUGUUUCGUAUCCGUAUCCAAACAACGGGAUGUCUGUGAGAGAGUACACUAUUAAGCUUCUUGGUGCCUCUUUUCCAAAUAUUCCAGCAUCUGAGGUUGCGAAAUUUGUGAAUGGACUGUGUGGGAACGUGAACCUAAUUACUUGA